AUUAAUAAUGGCAGCAAUCAACAAAGAAUAGGUUGACAUGGAUAAUCCAGCAUUUGCCUAAUAAGAUCCACAUCUUAAAAUAAAUGAUGAAGAAGAAAUGAGUUUACCACCUUAAUUUAGAAAUCGUUACCCAAGAAGACCACCACUUUUUGAUGGUUUAUUGAAUAAUGUUAGAGCUGUUACAAAAAAAGUAGAACAUAUCAAAGGAUUUAAAUUUGAAGUAGCAGGAGGAUUAUCAAAUAAUUUUCAUUUAGCUCAUUCUUGGAUGAUUCCUCCAUCAGUAUUUUGAUCAUAUCUAUAAAUUUAGAAUAAAGGCAAAGCACCUAAUCCUAAUCCUAUGAAACAACCUCCAGUACCUAGCUACACUUUAGCUGCUCAAUAUUUAGGAGGAGAAUUGAGAACUCCAUUUGAUUAACCUUCUUAUAUUAUGACUGGAAGAUGGGACUCUACAGGUAAAUUAGAAGCUGCCAUAAUAAAGAAAUUGAAUGAAAUGUUUAAUUUUAGGUAUAUAUAUAUAAUUCAAUCAUUAAAAUAGAUUCAGUGCCUUUUAUUUGGAUUCUAGUCCUAAUAAUGCAUAAGUUCAUUUUGAUUGUGAUAUUUCAGGAGAUGAUUAUGUUCACUCUAUUAAACUGGGUACAGGAUUGUACAGUUUUAAUAUGAUGUAAACAAUUGGAAAGAGAGUAGUAUUGGGAUAUGAAAUGAUGACAUUAGUAUAAAAUUAUAAAUAUAUUAGACUGAAAGAAAUAUGUCAUUAAUGAGUUAUGCCUUUAAAUUUGGAAUAAGUUAAAAGUAGAAUUUCUAUGCCUAAUAUGUAGGAGCUGCUGAUUAAUUAAUUUUAGCUUAUAACCAUAGAGUAUGAUAUUUUAAUAAAUUUAGCUCUUGGACAAAGCUUACUUUAUGUCUGAACUUGAAUAUUCAAAUUAAUCAGGGGAAUCUAGAACUAUUCUUGUAAUAGAAUUUAUUAAAUCAUUUUAAGGGUUACAGAUAAAAGUUUGCCACAUCUGAAGUCAUAAUCACUGUAAAUUCAAAAAUGAAGUUUAGUUCUGCAUUAACUUUGUAAGGAUUUGCUUAUCAAUUAAAAUUAUGUGCAAUUGCAGAUUACAAUAAGGAUUCAUAUAAGUUUGGUUAUGGUAUUGCAAUGGGUUAAGUUUGAUAACUA